GGAUUCCCAAAGCAAUUUAGCCAAUCAUUUAACAUAGUCACAGAGGAGCAGGAGGGUGAUGGGAAAUUCAGGACUGAUGGACCUGAGUCUGGUAUAUUGUAUCCUAAUCACAUUCCCACCAACAUGCUGCAAAAACUGUUGCUGUCAGCUGGCUCUGCGGUGAUGUCAUUGUAUGAUCCAUACAGACACGAUAUGAUUGCUGUUCUCGGGGAAACCACUGGUAUCCAGGCCUUGCGAAGCCUCAGAGAGAAAAUGAGCAGUGACCCGGAGGGAAUGCAGAUUCUACAAGAAAGACCACGUAUUCGGAUGUCCAGUUUGGAUAUUGAGAGGUUUCGGGAGAUGCCAGAUGGGGUGUUUGGCAGAGAGUACGCCCGAUUCUUAGAUGUCAAUAAUGUCACCCCUGAUACCCGAAUGCCAGUGAAGUUUGUAGAUGACGAGGAAUUGGCGUAUGUAGCCCAGCGGUAUCGGGAAGUCCAUGAUCUCAUGCACACUCUGCUGGGGAUGCCAACCAAUAUGCUAGGGGAAGUGGUGGUAAAAUGGUUUGAAGCUGUGCAGACCGGACUGCCCAUGUGCCUCCUGGGAGCUGUUUUUGGGCCUCUGCGCCUCAGUACCAAAAGAAAAAAGAAACUGAUUGAACUAGUUCCUUGGGCGGUUCAGAGUGGCCGUAACGCCCGAUGCGUCCUCAGUGUUUACUAUGAGAAGCGCUGGGAGCAGAGCAUGGAAUCUCUGAGGAAAGAAAUUGGCAUCCUGCCACUGCCCAGCAUUAAAGUCUGA